AUGGAUUUCUCUGACGAACCUCAAGUAGAUACAGAAAAUGUCGAAUAUUUCGAAACAGACCCCUUUGACACAUCCGAACAAUAUGAUUUUGGUGUGACUACAAAAAAGAGUGUUAGUGAGAAAGUCAGAUUACAAUUGUCCGACUUCUAUUCGGAUGAAACACACCUAAAUAGAGAUUUGUUGUGGAAGUAUCUUAUCUAUAUAAAUCUGUUAAGGGAGAAAGAGAUGAACUAUUCGGAUUACCACAUACAUUGCCAUGAAAAAUUGAAGGAGGCUUUAGAGAAAGCCAAAAUGCAAAUAACCCAAGGCAUGAUAAACCAGCCGCUUGAAGUUGACGAUUUGGAUGCAUUUUUCGAUGAAUUAGAGUCAAAAAUCGACAAAUUUGCCUCAAAAUGCGUCGAUUGUCUCGAAUACAAAUUACAUCCUUCAUCCAUUCAGAUUACCGAUACACUCUGUGUCUAUGGCCCUGUGGUUAUAUCGGUAUUAUCGCAACUAAAAACGUUGACCCUGCGGUUGAGGGAAUCAAAGAGGAGGAAACUAGCAAAAUGCACUGGAAAAUUGUUGGAAUGCAUGAAACAAGUUGGAAUGGCAAUUUGCGAUGCUAGGCAUGGCGAUUUUAAGAGCAAAACGUUCGACUUAACUUCCAAGAUGAAUGAUAUGCAGGGCAGAAACGAUUUUUUUAUGCAAUAUCGCAGCAAUCUAAUUUUGAGAUACCUUGAUCAAAGGGAUUCUAUUGUUGAAUUCCUCAAUUCUACUAACGCAGAGGCCAUUAUUGGCGAUCCAGACUUCAAUUUUUCGUCAGAAUUCUUGCAUCUUCUACAAUUUCAUGGAGAUUUUACUGAAAAUGUCAUUCUUCACAAUGAAUCCAGUCAGCCAAAACAAGAAACAACUUCGAGAAUGCACGAAGACUUAGACACUGCUCAGCUACAGGAGAAAACAUCGCCACAAAUAGAAUUCAUAGAAAUGGACACUAAUAGUACUGAAUUACAGAAUGAUUCAAAUGACACGCAAGUUGCUUCUCAAAUUGACACUAAAGCCUUGGAAUUAGCGAGAAACAAAGCUGCUGCUAUUUUAAGAAAAAAGCGGGAGUUGCAGAGGAAGAUCCAGAUGCAGAGUGAAUCGCAUAUGUGA